CCACCCUCCCCCUUUACAUUCUAUCUUUUUCCUUCUUUCUUCCUUUCCUUUACUCUGUGCUUCCCCCUUUCUUCUUCCAUCAUUCACUUUACACCUCUCUCUCUCUCUCAUGACGUGAACACAGCUCAGAGUUCGGGAGUUGCAACUUGCAGCGACUUGCCGACCACAUGAAAAGCUGAAACUUCAGUCCCCCUGCGACCAUGGCGAGCUCCGGAUCAUCACCCUCGUCGUCCUUCUUUGGCAAGUUCCGCUCUCUCCUCCUUCUCCUCCUCCUCCACCUCGGCUGCUUCAUCUUCUCCUCCUCCUCCUCCUCCUCCGUUUCCGCCGCCUCCACGACCAUCAAGAAACGCAAAGCCUCUCCGACCGCCUCCCACUUCAAGCCCCGCAAAGCUCUCUCUUCCUCCUGGUCUUACCUCAAGGGCAUCCUCAUCUCCAAGCCCCGAGCGUCUCACCCUCCAACGCCCUCUCUCGCCUCCGCCCGGAACUCCCAACGAUCCAUAGCCUCCCUCGUCUCGCCGGCGGAAGCUCACGCCCUCGUGGAGCUCACCUCGACCCCACCUCGCGAGAAGCCCUGGCCGGGGACCCUCCUUCAAGAGGAGCCCGACCACGCCGACCUGUUCUUCCCACUCCGCAACGACGCGAUCUUCCCGUGCACGUCCUGUGGCGAGGUCUUCCAGAAGCCGCUGCUCCUUGAGCAGCAUCACGCAACGCGGCAUGCAGUGUCGGAGCUCAUCGGCGAGGACUCCGGCCGCAACAUUGUCCAGAUCAUAUUCCAGACCGGGUGGCCCGCAGGCAAGAGCCUGAGGGUACUCCGGAUCCUGAAGAUCCACCAUGGACCGAGGACACUGUCGCGGUUCGAGGAGUACCGUGAGUCGGUGAAGGCACGGGCAGCCAGGGCCUCCAGGAGUCGGGACGAGCGGUGCGUCGCCGACGGCAACGAGCUCCUCCGGUUCCACUGCUCGACGUUCACGUGCGACCUGGGGCAAGACGGCAAUUCCAGCAUCUGCAACCAGCAGUACUGCAACGUGUGUGGGAUCAUCAAGUCGGGCUUCUCGAAGAAGCUGGACGGCAUCUCGACGCUGUCGAGCGGGUGGAAGGCGCACGGGACACUCCCGGACGACGUGGUGGAGGAGUUCGGGUUCAUGCACGUGAAGCGGGCGAUGCUGGUGUGCCGGAUCAUCGCGGGUCGGGUCGGGAGCGAGGCGGACGACGUGGACAAGGAGGAGGGCGGGGGGUUCGACUCGGUCGUCGGGCAGGGAGGGAGCGGGGCCCUCACCAGGUUGGACGACGAGGAUCUGCUGGUCUUCAAUCCGAGGGCCGUGCUUCCCUGCUUCGUGAUCGUGUACACCGUGUGAGCGGGUCGUCGUGUGGGAAUUGAGCCAUAAUAAUUACGGGACGUGGAAAAAGUUUUCGCUCUCCUUUCGAGUUUUGCAUGAGUUUGGUGCAUGUGAAUGUGUUGGGUAUCGUUAGUCAUUAACAUCAUGCCAUGCCAUGCCAGUGUGUGUGAACAGGUAUGGAUUAGAGAAUUUCUCAUUUUUCUUUUCUUUCUCUUUGGGGGGCGCAUCAAUUAGAGAUUUGGAAAGUGGUGGACAGUUGAGUUAGUAUUUUCUGUAGUGGGAAAUUAGGUUGGGAGAUAGAGAAGUUUUGGUUGUGUAAAAACUCUACUUAAUAUAAAGUGUAUAUGCAAAAAAAAAUUAAAAGGAAAUUAGUGAUCCAACAAGCUUGAUAAG